AACUCUGGUUGCAGGGAAAAUUGAGAGAAUCCAUUCAUCGUAGACAUCGAGAUUAAUUGUAGCGUCUGCUACAUUUAAAAAUCUGCGUCAAGCGUCAGCAUGAAAUUGCACCUUCACGGUUGUGUUUUGAUGCUCAAUUUUCUGACUUUUCACAACUGACAAGUCCGCGGCAGGUUUAUGUUAAUAGAAGAAAUUCAUAAAUGUUUGACGGCACUGUCGGCACUGAGGUUCAUAGCGAAUUCAUCCAUUUCGACCCAAUUUCAUUUCCUUCGCUCGAGUGUCAUCUAGAAGAAGUCAGUGGCUUCUGCUCAUGAUUAGCUGCUAGAACAGCUUGACUAAGGAUUGUCGAUACUGGAUGAUUUUAGCGGUCGAAGAUUGAAAAAAUGUGGGGAGGAGAAUUGACUGACGUUGUUCUACCAACGGUAUCGACAAUGAUUAUCUUUGUUUUGACUGUAAAUAUCGUAAGAUAUUUAAUGGCUGAGCCACAUAUCCAAAUACGAGACGCAACCAAGGAGCAUUCUUGGAAGAAUAUCAAGACAAUGUCUAGGGCAUAUUUCUGUAGCAUUUGUGAAUCUAUGCUUUUGAAUGUAGACAGUUUGUACUGCGAUUCAUGCGGAGUCUGUGCGGAUCGUGGUUGUAUCAAAUUAGCUAAUAAGCGACUAAAAUGUAAAGUGAUUACACUAGCCAGUGAUCAGCCUAUGAAACAUCAUUGGGUCAAAGGCAACUUACCAGCUACAGCGAUGUGCGAUGUCUGUGAUGAAGAAUGUGACGCCGAACCUGGACUCUUUGAUUGGUGGUGUUGCUGGUGUCAACGUUGCGUUCAUGAAUUGUGUAAAUCUAAACUCCCUGAACGUUGUGACUUUGGGUGUUUCAAGCUGAUGAUUGUACCUCCCGGCAGCUUAGAGGUGGUCAAUACUCGCAGCACUAUGCGUCGUCGCUUGCAUUUACGUAAAAUCAUUCCUCCAUUAUGGCCUAACUGGAAUCCGCUAAUUAUAGUCGCUAAUAGAAAAUCAGGAAACAACGACGGCGCAGAAAUAUUAUCGCUAUUUCGACGACUCGUGAACCCUGCCCAAGUAGUUGAUCUCGCUGAGCGUGAUCCAGUUGCUGCCCUGGAAUGGUGUCGUUUGCUCGGAGAUGUUGCAUGUAACAUUCUUGUUGCUGGUGGCGAUGGAACUGUUGCGUGGCUUCUCAAUACCAUUCAUAAACUCCAACUGAAGCCCAUGCCAUCGAUAGCCAUCUUGCCUUUGGGAACAGGCAAUGAUUUAUCUCGCGUACUGGGAUGGGGAAAGGAGCAUGACUCAAAUUUAGAUCCGGUGGAAAUAUUGCAAAAAAUCCAAAUUGCCCAGAGAGUAAAUCUUGAUAGGUGGAAAGUCUCAGUGACACCAUUUAGAGGACUGGGGUUCAGGGGAUCCAACAAGGAUUCUUACAUGUACAACUAUUUGAGCGUUGGAGUCGAUGCACAGGUCACUUUGAGUUUCCAUAAAGCCAGAGAGAGUUGCUGGUAUUUGUUUAGCCACAGGAUAUUCAACAAGUUGUUGUACUUGGGAUUUGGUACACAACAAGUUGUUGAAAGAGAAUGCAGAGAUUUAGAUAAAAAAUUGGAGCUAUAUUUGGACGGGAGAAAAGUGGAGUUACCAUCGCUCGAAAGCAUUGUGAUACUCAAUAUACCUUCUUGGGGUGCUGGCGUCGAUCUCUGGAAAAUGUUACCGUUAGGAACCCUGGGUGUAGAAAAACAGAGAAUAGAUGAUGAGAAAUUGGAAGUAGUGGCGAUUUAUUCUUCCUUUCAUAUUGCCCAGCUACAAGUUGGCCUUUCACAGCCUCAUUGUCUUGGGCAAGCCUCAAAUAUCAAGAUAAAAUUGCUCGGCUCAUCUGCGGUCCAAGUAGAUGGAGAGCCUUGGUAUCAGCAUCCCUGUGAGUUCAACAUUUCGUAUUGUGACAAAGCCUCUAUGUUGAAGAAUACGGAGUAAAGAUUCGUGGUAUCGACCUAAUCCUUCAUCGAAGUCCUUACAAUUAUUCCUUGAUGAAUGAUUUUCGUAACCAUUGAAUUUGUGUAAAGUCUUAUUUCAGUAAGUUAACAAACUCUAGUCAUUUUAAUUAGCGUAAUAUAAUUUCGUAUCAAUAAUUUUCUUGUUAUUUCUUUCAUUCUUACGAAAUAACUAUUUUCAAUAUCACAGUGAUGGCAUUUAUUUUAACAUUGUAUUGUAUUUCAAAUGGUUAUCCUUAUCAGACUUUGCGUGAGUAUCAGUCUGUAAUAUAACAAAAAAAGGAUUUAUAGAAUAAUUGUUGUAAUUUUAAUCAUUAGCGUAUGUCCUGUAUCGUAACACUGAUAUUUCUAUUCUGCGUCUAUGUUAUGCAAUAUUAUCCAGGGAAAAAAAUGAUUAUCUUUAUGUUAGUACGUAUUGGAGUCAUGUAUUGUGAUCAACAUUAUUUUACGUUCCACUGUCAUCAUUCCUUUACGACAGAAAGUUCUGUCGUAAUGUUUUCUUGUUUUUAUAUCAGUUUUUUUUUUUCUAAAAUCUUAUUUUUUAGAAAUCGUGGAAUACUCUAUAGUCUCUUGACUCGAAGUCAAUGAGCUGAGCGGUGCAGAGCGCUGCAGUUUCUUGUUUGCUUAUGAACUUGAACGUCUGUCACGUAAAUUUAAGAAUCUCGAAUUGCCAUGAAAGCAUUGAGAGAAUAUUGAAAAUUAUACGCACCAAAUCAGAUACAGUAGAUUGGUGAUUUUCAUAGAUCUGUAACGUCAGCUUCAAACACAAAAACAAACAAUACCUUGUUGUAAUGUACAUCGAGAUUGAAAAUCUCAUGUCACCAAGUAAAGCCAAUGUAAAUCGUUACCAUGAAUGUGAACGUUGUACAAGUAAAGUCUUUGUAUAAGGAAAAAUUAAGCCAAAUAAAUAUUCUGUUACAUUAAAUAUCGUCCAACAACUUUUUAUUUCAUGUAAAUUAUUAAUAUUACCAAACUUCUCAUUUUUCACAUUACCGACCGAAACGGCAUCCAGCGUGAUUUACAAAAAAAAAAAAACAAACAAUUUGUCACAAAC